UUUGGGUGUCAAGCUUGAAAUGACAAGCAAGAACCACCGAGCAAGCGAAACACUUCCGAGAUCACAAAUAUGGCGGCUCAGACCGGGUUGUCACCGGCCGCUAUGAGCCGCGGUGAUGUCCCCGUUUCCCCCCCGGUGGCUCUGUCCGCGGAGGCCGCUCCCUUCACCCCGCUCGGGGCGGACAGCUGGCGGCUCGGCUCAUCGUCGGACGCCGAGAAACAGUUUUCCCGCUGCGCCGCGAAGCUGCGAGCCCUGAGAGCAAACUCCGGCCAGCUGAGAGAGGAGCUCAACCUGCUGUUUGACCAGCUGCUGUCCGAAAACUACAACAAAACCUGCGAGUCCAGCAUCAGCAUCCGACCAGAGGAUGUGUGCGCUCUGCUGAAACAUGUCAGCUCUCUUGUGCCGCUGAGUCAAGAACAUUUAGUCAUCAAACUGUGCCAGCUGAUACAUCAUCUGCUCAACCAACUAAAGGUCAUAAUGGACGAGCAGACAUUGAAUGUAUUGGUGAACUACACCGCCAGUGCGCUGAAAGUGUGCAGUACGUGGACACACUCAGAUGUCCUCCUGGCACUCUCCACAAUAGUGUAUGGAAAUGGACCUCAGUGCCAGCAGCACCUUAGUGACUUGCUGGGUGAAGAUGGAGUCCUCCUGCUGUAUAGUUCUCCAUCUCAGCCAAAUAUGGAGUUACGCCGUGUUGCUCUCACCUGUAUGGCCAACAUCUGUCUCAGGAUCCCCGGUCAGCCACCUUUGGAUGAUCAGUACAGAAGUGUAUCUUUCAGAGUCUUCCUGAAAACACUGCAGUCACCCAAACCUCCAAACACUGAUGAGCUCUUCUAUUGCAUGGUGAUCCAGGCAGCACUAAAGGGACUUCAGUGUUGCCUCUCAGGUGGGAAGUGGAAAUUUGGUGCAGGAGAGGAGGUUGGGUCUGUGCUGGCUGCACUUAAGAGGCUCAUGUUCCAGGGAGCUCCAGGUGUGAGUGUCGAGUGGCCGGCUGUGCUUUACCCAGCUCCUCUUCCUCAGUAUGAGGGCGUCCCUGCAGCAAAACCAGCUGAACCACUAAAACCCUCUGAACCAAUGAAGGAUGCAGCUACACCAGGCAAAACCUCAGGGAAUAAAAAGAGGAAACCCAGAGGAAAGGGGAAGAAGACUAGCACUGAGGAGAGCAGAGGGGAUGAUGGAGAGGAAGAUGAUCGGGAGGCAAAUCAGAAAGGAGGGGGAAGAGAGGGAGGCAGAGGUGACGGAGAGUCUCUCUUGUCUAAACCCUCUGGUCCGUCUCUUUAUCCGUCCUGGAUAAGAGCCAGUUCUGACUCAGAGUUUUCAGACACAGAAGGCGGUGCACAGAGCAAACUAAGGCUUUACCAUGGUCGUGUGCGUCAGAGAGCGCUGCACUGUCUUCUAGCGGUGGUGAAAGCUGUCGAGAAAAGGACUCUGUAUGGGUACUGGUCCUCCUUCAUCCCUGACUCUCCUAUCGGGGGGCCGCCGCCUCUCACUCUCCUCACAAUUAUACUGAAGGACCCCUCCCCAAAGGUGCGUGCCAGUGCUCUUCAGGUGUUGUCAGCUAUGCUGGAUGGCUCUCGUCAGUUCCUGGCUGUGGCUGAAGACACAGCAUCUCCUCGUACGUCUUACACCCCUUUCUCCUUCACGCUGGCUACGGCCGUCAGAGAACUGCACCGUGCUCUCAGUCUGGCUCUGCUGGCUGAGACCUCCCCUCAGACGCUCACACAGGUCAUAAAGUGUCUGGCCUACCUGGUGGCGAAUGCUCCCUACCACCGUCUCAGACCUGGUCUGCUCAACUCCCUCUGGAAACAGAUGCGUCCCUAUGUGCGCCACAGAGAUGUCAAUGUCCGUGUGUCAGUCCUGACACUUUACGGGGCUCUGGUGACGACUCAGGCCCCUCUGCCCGAAGUGCAGCUCCUCCUCCGACAGCCAGAGAGUGGCAGCACCACCGGCUCAUUCACGCCACAGGACUCGUCUCUGAGCUGGAGACAAAGAGACGGAGUGUCCUCGCCCUCUUGCAUAACUUUCCUGCGGAGCUCAAGCACACACUCCCCUCAGACUUCUCACACGCCGGGUGAGGAGGAAAGCGCCCCGCCAUGGCUUCUGCAGCUGUGUGUGUCACUAGUGACUCAGCCCAGAGAGGACCAAUCAGACAGCGAAGGAGGAGGAGGCGCUGCUUUAGAGCCGUCCCCUGUCCGAUUAGAAGCACUACAGGUCAUGUCCCACCUGGUGCGUGGCUACUUCUCUUUAGCUAAAGUAUGUCUGUGUGAGAUUGGGCAGGUGAGCGCUCGCUGCCUUGGGGAGACAGACCCCUCCAUACAGCUGCACGGAGCAAAGCUACUAGAGGAGCUGGGGACAGGAAUAAUCCAGCAGUACAGAGCAGAGAACAACGUGCCCGAGAGCUCAAGGGUCCCCAUGGGCCAAGUGGUUCUGUUCUGGUCAGAAGUUUUGAGCGGUCCACUGAACGGAGCGCUGCAGAACGAACAACACCCCACGCUGCAGACGAGCGCAUGCGACACGCUCUCGUCCAUCCUGCCGCAGGCCUUCGCACAGCUGCCUGAUAAGACACAGCUGAUGUGCAUCACCGUCCUGCUGGGGCUGACCUACAGUGAGAACUAUCUGGUGAAGACCGCGGCCGUCAGGGCUUUGGGAGUCUACAUACUGUUCCCCUGUCUAAGAGAGGAUGUCAUGUUUGUGGCAGAUACAGCAAACACUAUCCUCGCUGCCCUCGAUGAUCGAUCUCCAAAUGUCCGAGCCAAGGCUGCCUGGUCCCUCGGCAACCUCACAGACACACUUAUUGUUAACAUGGAGAGCGUAGGUGUGGACUUCCAAGAAGAGUUAUCAGACAUGCUGGUGCUCAAGAUGUUGCAAGCGGCCACCCGAGCAUCGGCCGACAAAGAUAGGGUGAAGUCUAAUGCGGUGCGAGCGCUCGGAAAUCUGCUUCAUUUCCUGCGUCAGAGUCAGAUGACCCGGUCUGCGUUCCAGCGCCCGCUGGAGGAUGCAGUCCGUGCGCUGGUUAAAACCGUCCAAUCAGAGGCCACCAUGAAGGUCAGGUGGAAUGCCUGUUACGCUCUGGGAAAUGCUUUCAGAAACCCAGCCCUGCCGCUCGACUCGGCCUCUUGGUCUUGUGACGCCUUCUCCUCCCUCUGCCAUGUUGUCACAUCCUGUAAAAACUUCAAGGUGCGGAUCAAGUCUGCCGCUGCCCUGGCAGUUCCUGCCACCCGAGGCUGCUACGGGGACACAAAGCGGUUCAGCUGCGUGUGGCGUUCCCUGGCCACAGCGCUGGAGAACAGCGAAGACACAAACGACUUUUUAGAGUACCGUUACAGCACCAGCCUGCGACACACACUCUCACAAGCUCUCCUACACCUUCUCAGCGUCAGUGAGGCGCAGGACAUGCGCGCCCUCGGGGCGUCACUGGCAGGGGAGGAGGGGAAAGGCAUCAAAGAACAUUUGAUCAAAUAUCUCAGAGCGGAGGAAGGAGGGGCUGAGGGGGAGAAAGAUGCUGGGGGGGACAGUUUCACCCCUCAGCAGAGAGUCGGAGGUCUGCAGCAGACGCUGAUCAGACUGAAAGCGCUGAAGGCUGAAGGGGAGGAGCGGCGGGAGGAGGAGAGCGGUAAGGAGGUGGUAGUUCAAUUCCUAGAAGACUUGUUAAAGAUCUGUGAAGAGCAGUGAAGACUCCAGCUGCAGCGCUGGAUUCAGAAAACUCGCUGAGAUCCUGAAAUCGUCCCUCAGGUUGGACAGUUGGAGGAGAAACAUCAAACCACAAACUAACCUGCGACUGAAGGCAAAGAUCAUGUAACCAGCUCUGUCAUCAUUCGAUUUUAGGACAUCACAAAGAACCACGAGACUGUCUUAAAAACUGAAGGCCAUCUUUUUUUUUCCUAAAGUACAUUUCAAGAUAUUUUGAAGUUGUCAUCAGCUUUUAUACACUUUUUAUUACUCUAAUUGCACUUUCACUCAUCAAUAGAUGAACAUCUGAUAUACAAAAGCAUGUAGUGAAAUUUUAUUUUAAGAACAAAUUAAUAGACAUUGGAGUCAUGGCUGAGUGAUAAUUUAUUAUUUAUCAGCUUUCUGUGGAGUCAUAAUGUGACGAAUAUAUGAUGUUUUCUCAACAAAAACAAAAUUCUGUUGUCCAAGUUAAUUAUGAUAAA